UAUUUUGAUGUCGGGAAGACGACCGGGGGGGAGACGAUUUAUAUAAAUAAAUAAAUAAUAAAUAUAAAAAAUAAAAACCAGGGGAAGGGAUGGAAUGGAAUGCAAAAUAAAAAGAAUUAUUAUAGAUUUGGUGUUAAACAUCGUCGGCUGAAACCCCUUUUGCCGACUCACCUUCCCCCUCCUUUUAAUUCAUUCCCCAAUUCAGGUCAGUUUGAAAUUGGAUUGGAUGCUUGUGGUAUUUUAGAACUUCUUUUUAAUAACUCAGAGUUGGAAUCAGUUGAUAUGACGUCUAGAAGGAACAUCAAUUACAGUCGUCUUGCUGUCGAUGAAGACAAUACUGGCAGGGAGGCCACAUUUGACCCUCGGUUUGACCUGGCUCCAGAAAGGUCAGAUAAAGUCCCAUGGAAAGCUGUUGCGCUUGCACUUUUUCUUCUUUUCUUUGGAUGUGUGCUCCUCCUACUUUCGUUAUUCAUCUUUACUGGUCACAUGGGAGGGGAUAGAGCUCAGGCAUAUGGCUUGUUGGGACUCGGGACACUCACCUUCCUCCCAGGAUUCUACGAGACUCGCAUUGCAUAUUAUUCAUGGAGGGGUGCUCAAGGCUACCAUUUUACUGCCAUCCCUAGUUACUAGGUGUCAUGCGGUCUUCCUGGUUUCUGCAGUUGUAGUUGGGUACCUUUUUGUUUGACUGUAUAUAUAGUGAUCAUAUCUUUCUUUUUUAAUGUCGUUUUAGGAAUUCGACAUGUACAAAGUCACAGAAACCAUGGUUUUGUGCUUACAGAAAUUUGUUGAGUUCUUUUUCUUGUA